CCCAAAUCAACCAUCCUGUCGACAUUCUUCUCAGCAACAAUAACAACGCGUCUCUAUCUAUUUUAAACAACAACAACAUACUACAUCAAAAUGACUGUCGAAUACAUCUCUCUCCAACCCUCCGGCGACAAGAUGCCCUUGAUUGGUUUUGGCUGCUGGAAGAUCGAUCCCAAUGAUGGUGCCGAGACUAUCUACAACGCUAUCAAGGUCGGCUACCGCUUGAUUGACAGCGCAAGCAACUACAAGAACGAAAAGGCUAUCGGCCGCGGUAUCAAUAUGGCCAUUGAUGAAGGCAUCGUCAAGCGUGAAGACCUCUUUGUCACCACCAAGCUCUGGUCCACCUACCACAAGAAGGAACACGUCCGCCCCGCUUUGGAGAAGCAGCUCGAAGAACUCGGCCUUGACUAUGUCGACAUGUUCCUUGUCCACUUCCCUCUUCCUCUCAAGCAUGUCCCCAUUGAGGAGCGCUAUCCCCCCGGAUGGUACCAGAACAACGACGAGCCCGUCAUCACCUUGGACCGUGCUCCCAUGCACGAAUGCUGGGGCGCCAUGGAGAAACUGGUUGAAGCUGGCCUUACCCGCAACAUUGGUGUCUCCAACUUCAACGUCCAGCUCUUGAUGGACAUGCUCACCUACGCCAACAUCAAGCCUUCCUUGCUCCAAGUCGAAUUGCAUCCUUACCUCCAACAAGAACACUUGGUUAACUGGGUCCAAUCGCAAGGUAUUGCUGUCACUGCCUACUCUUCCUUUGGCCCCACUUCGUUCGUUUCGACCGGUUCCAAGCGCGCAAAAUCUGUCGAGCCCUUGUUCGAGAACCCCACCGUCAAGGACAUUGCCGCAAAGUACAACCGUGCUCCUUCCCAGGUCGCUCUCCGCUGGUCCUUGGAACGCAAUGUCGCUGUUGUCCCCAAGUCGCUCAAUGUCGACCGCAUGAAGAUGAACUUGGAAGCCUUGAACUGGAAGAUGGACGAAGAAGAUGUCCAGGCCAUCAACCAACUGGAUAUGGGUCUUCGAUUUAACGAUCCCAUGGUCAACGCCCAGAAGCUCCCUCUUUUCUACUAAGCAAUAGCAUCAUCGAUAACAUCAUCAUCAGCAUCACCCACUCUAUUACCACAUUUAAAUCCGCUUGAACUCCUUUUCCUUACUAUCAUCCUAUUCACAAGUACAUACAUAUAUCUCCCAAAAACAAUAUUCCACUCUACACUUCUACAAUUAGUCUAGAGCUUCUCUCUCUCUCAAUGUAAAUUUAAACUAAAAAAUUCCUCUUCUGCAUUGCUUUUAUUUCGGUUCUUAUUAUUCUCUUUUUAAGGAUUACAAAAAAUAAAAUAAAAUCUUGCUGUGUAUAGACUUUAAUUUUAUAUUUCGCUUAUCGAUCAAUUUUAAAGAGUGGCACAAG